AUGAUUGAGAUUUCUGCCAUGGACGGUCCCAUGAUCCAAAAAGGCUGGGAAAGCCUCAACGAGGCCUUCGCCUCGAUUCUGCAGAAGCAGAAGCAGCAACAUGCUCGACUCCUGGACACGCAGAACGCGACGGCAUGCCUCGACAAGAAGCUCUCGGCACUCCAGCAGGAGCUGGCGGACCUAAAACUCGCGGUUGCGGCGAGAAGCAGCCGAGCCACGGCACCUGCAAUGCCAGGUGCAAAUCCGCCAUGUGUGGCCCCGUCUACUAACAUGCCGUCGGGAAAUGAUUCUGCGCGGGCUCCCACCCAAGCAACCCAAGAAGAAGGUGCGGCGGAGGUCAAGAAAGUCUACACCAAUGCCGGCAUAACGUUCAGUCGGGCACUGUUGUUGGCCUGCUUGGACUCUCCAAGCAGUUCCAUGGACAUACGGCUGCUGCCCUGCCUCGAAGAGCUGGCCAGAGAACUGGGCCGGCCUGUUCCCAGCAUUUGCAACCAGAGCCAGACUUCCAGCUCCAGCUCGAACUCCGAUUGGCACUGGUCCUUUUGGAAGGGCAAUUGGUAUUAUUACUGGCAGGGCGGAUGGAGGAAGUGGCAGAAGUGA